AUGCAUCGUACCUAUUCCAUGCGCCAGUCGCGCGUCCCGACCGCGUCGCAGAUCGAGAGCCCACCACCACCAGUGUCCACAACCAAGACCGGCAGAUGGCUAGGGAAAGGCGGCAUCGGACAUGCCUUCCGUAAGAACGCCGCUGGUGCCUUCGGCCCCGACCUCGCCAAGAAGCUGUCGCAGCUCGUCAAGAUGGAGAAGAACGUCAUGCGCAGCAUGGAGCUCGUCGCCCGGGAGCGCAUGGAGGUCGCUCAACAACUCUCCAUCUGGGGUGAAGCCUGCGAUGAGGAUGUGUCGGAUGUCACGGACAAGCUCGGAGUGCUGAUCUACGAGAUCGGCGAACUGGAGGACAUGUUCGUCGACCGCUACGACCAAUACCGAGUCACCAUCAAGAGCAUCCGUAACAUCGAGGCAUCCGUACAGCCCAGCCGAGACCGCAAACAAAAGAUCACGGACGAGAUCGCCAAGCUGAAGUACAAGGACCCCAACUCCCCUCGCAUCGUCGUCCUGGAGCAGGAGCUUGUCCGCGCCGAAGCCGAGUCCCUCGUCGCCGAGGCCCAGCUGUCCAACAUCACCCGCGAGAAGGUCAAGGCCGCCUUCCAGUACCAGUUCGAUGCCCUCCGCGAGCACUGCGAGAAGGUCGCCAUCGUCGCCGGCUACGGAAAGCAUCUCCUGGACUUGAUCGACGACACCCCCGUCACCCCCGGCGAGACCCGCCACGCCUACGAUGGGUACGACGCCAGCAAGGCCAUCAUCCAAGACUGCGAGGACGCCCUCAGCAACUGGGUCAGCUCCAAGGCUGUCGUCAAAUCCAGCCUGUCCACGCGCUCGCGCACUCUUUCCCAGCGCCACCGCAGCAACCUCGACAAGAACCGCGAGGGCGUCGACCUCUCUUCGCAGGACCAGCCUUUGACUGGAGACCGCGACUCUUGGCUCCCUGCUGACCAGCACCCCAGUUAUGAGGAUGGCGAGGAUGGCGUCAGCACCAUUGACGGUGAGGCCCGUGGCCGUGAGGACGAGCGCGAGCCCAUCGCUGCUUAA